AUGCAUAAUCUAAAUUAUCAAGUUGCACACAAGCCUCUUAUCAAAAAUCAAAUCGAAAUGUUACACUUAUCAUACCAAUUCCGAAUACAUUUUUUUCUUUUAGCCAUGUGGUUUCUCCUCAUUGUUGUGUUUGGACCAAUUCUUGCACAAGUGUCUGCUUUAACGGACCCUUUACCGUCAGCUCUGAGUAAGUGAAAGACUGAAUCGCUUUUUAAAACUGUUCUAGCUAGACCGUGAAAUUUAUUUAUGUCUAUUGAAUAAUAUUGAACACAAAGUCUAAAUUCCAAGCAUUACAGGAGACUUUCGACUAUCCUCCUUAGUGGGUGAAUUGGAUCAGUGUCGCCACGUGAGUCCAAUACUUACAGUCAAGUCACGUGCGACCGGGGUUGAAAGGAAGGGUUGUACUUGCGGGUGGCUCUGGGCGGCACUCAAGGGACGUUCGGGUAGAGUUUGAACUAAACCUGUCCCUAAUUAAGAAGAGAGGCCUCGUUUCAUGUCCCUUACUCGUUCCAUGUUAAUUACAAAGUUAAGUAAUUUUUCAAACUAAUGUACGGGAGUUUGUCGAAAACACUACUGUUAGUACCACAAUAAGUUCUAUUGGAUAUUACCGCUGCUGACGGUCUAGCAUCCAAUCCAUGCACUCUUUAGAUGGCUCAUGCGGCUUCAAAAAACUGUGAUAAACUCAUACUGUUAAUUUUUAUUCCUACUAUUUAUACCUUUUAACGUAUCUUUUGCCUUGUAUUGUUUUCUGCCUUUGUUAUUUUAUCACAGUCGAGCCAUUUUCAACGUCAAUUCGCUGUCCUCCAACAAAGCAAUUCCACUGGACACGAUCAGACACCUCUGGACUUGAUAUCGUUUUUUAUUACACAUGUGGUUCGGCAUGUAAGUGAUUAACUGAAAUACAAAUAACAGUUUCAAGUCCCUAUAAAUGAUGAAGUCUCUUCACACCGUUUUGAUCAUGUCCAAAAACGCAUAGCUGUUCUGAUCUACAUUUUUGGACACAUAGUCUGUAAGGUGUUGCCGUCUAUUUAGAGAAGAGUACUCACAAUAAUUUCGCACUGACGUCAUUUCCAUUCGCCAUUUUAACCUGGCCAUGGCUGUUCAAAAGAAGCGCUAUUCAUUGGGUGAAUCUCUAUCCUAGAGAUAAGUAUUGGGAAAACCAAUAUUGCAUCAUCUAGUGGAUAGAGAUUUGGACAUCGUUAUCCACCAUUUUACCAACUGGCGCAGUUUUCCAAAAUUGUAAACCAUUUUUAGAAAAAACAUAAAGUAAUAAAUUCGGUCCUCACACAGAGACACCAAACGAUAUCUCUAUAUUUCUCUUACUUAAAAGUGCAAUAACGUCGUUGUCAUGACAACUUUUUUUGAAGUGGAACACAAAUGACGAAGAAGGUUUUCAUCGAUAUUUAUUUGUUACACAAAUGUUUCCGGAAUAGGCCAUUUGCCGAAUGGUGUCUUUUUGCUACUAAGAGCAGAAUUCAUUUCGUUUUUCUUUCAUAUUUAAAUUCAGUAACCCCAGUGAGGUUUAAAUAACAAAAACCAGAAAAAAAGCCCUGAAGGAUUCUGGUUGUAGCAAUUAAUGACUUCAUCAUGCAAACGGCAUAUUGCGGAUUUCAUCUUUUCAUGCUCAAAAAUCUAAAGUUAUGAAACGGUUAUAGCUUCAGAAAGAUAUCUGUCACGCCAUUUGUUUUCAGAAUUAAUUGACCUAAUCUUCAAAUUAAGCCCGUAUAAAAACCAAAAUGUGACCCGUUAAAGGGUCGUUAAAGGAAUCUAUUUUAGUCCCCGUGUUGGCGCUUUCAAAUUGUUUAAUGAAACAUUUACUUACGUUUAUUAGCAGAAGAAAUGUCACAAACUCUGCACUGCACAAAUGGCUACAAGGCUCAGUACAGAAAGGAUCUAAUUCCAGAUGCUAUGAAGAAGGCAGCCAUUCCCAUGGCCUUGAAGAGAGGUUUUAUAUCAAAUGAAAAUCAAGAGCCAGCCUUUGGGCUCUUUUCAACGGGGCCCGAUUACAGUUUGAAAAACGGAGCAGUAGUUGUAUUUGCAUGCUCGAACCCAAAGUAA